AUGGAGACCAAGCCUGCCUUGAGUGCCGCUGUUCUUGAAGCUCUUAACGAAAACAAUUAUUUGGAUUGGAGUGUUCAGUUGAAGACGUAUUUGAUGGCUCAAGAUCUUUGGGAGAUUGUCGAAUCAAGGAGCGACCCUCCUGCACCGGAAAUUGAAGCUGCUUUUAAGGCUUGGAGCAAGACUAAUGCCAUGGCCUUACAUGUGAUCCAGAUGUCAUGCCAGCCAAACAGAUUUUCUGAUAUUAGGGAGAUUAGCUCAGCCAGAAUUGCUUGGGAUACCUUGGCAGAAAAGUACAAACCUAAAAGUCCUGACCCAAGUAGCAGUAUUGCUCCAGUUCCUCUGAGAAAAGACGAGCUUCUUGACUCAAGUAAGUCAGGAGAAAAUGACAAGAAGGGAAACAUUAAUGAUGAUGUCGAGAUUUACACGGAGUUAAACAAAGCUUUGCAAAGUGGUGAUUGGAAUGCUGCAAAGGAGUUCCUUAAUACUCAUCCGCAUGCAAUAAGUGCAAAAAUCACAGAUACGAACAAGACGGCUCUUCAUGUUGCUGCUGAAGCUGGACAUGAGCACAUAGUGGAGGAGUUAGUGAACAUAAUGUCUGAAGAAAAUUUGGAAAUAAAAGAUUUUGAAGGUUUCACAGCUCUAGCUCAAGCAUCUUUUCGUGGAAGCUACCGAAUGGUAGAAUGUAUGCUUGGAAAGAACAAGAACUUGACCAGCAUGGGAAACGACGAGGGAAAUAUUCCUCUUAUUCUGGCCCUUUACAAUGGGCAAUUAGAUUUGGCUCGUUAUCUCUAUUUGCUCACUCCACUAGAAAUUCUAGUGCCAGAAAAUGGCACCAUGGGGGCUGCAAUUGUUUCCGAGGCUAUAUAUAACAAAGCUUUGGAUAUUGCUUUGGAUUUAGUCAAGCUUUGUCCACGUUUGGCUAUUGCUCAAGACAGAAUUGGUUACUGUCCUUUAUACGCACUGGCUUGUAUGCCUGAUUAUUUCCUAGGUGGAAAUCAGCUCGUAUUUUGGAAACGAUGGAUCUACUCUGGUUAG